GAAGCUCUACGUCCUCCUCUCCGUGCUGCUCUGCCUCCUGAUAUCAGGGCUGGUGGUUUUCUUCCUCUUCCCCCACUCAGUGCUGGUGGAUGAUGAUGGAAUUAAGGUGGUUCAGGUCUGGUUUGACAAGAAGAACUCGGUCGUGGUCCUCUCCAUCACGGCCUCCCUGAGGAUCAGGAACUCCAACUUCUACUCGGUGACCAUGACCAGCCUGAGCAGUCAGGUGCAGUACAUGAACACUGUGGUGGGCAGCCAGCAGGUCACCGACGUCUCCAGCAUCCAGCCCCUGAGUGACAAACUGGUGAACUUCACUGUGAAGGUGGAGCUGGGUGGACCCUUCUCCUAUGUGUAUUUCUUCUGCACGUUUCCCAAGGUGAAGGUGCACAACAUAGUGAUCUUCAUGAGGACGUCGGUGAAGCUCUCCUACAUCGGGCACCUCACGCAGAGCGCUCUGGAGACCUACCACUACGUGGACUGCAGCAGCAACUCCACGGCUGCCCCAGCCCCCCUGGGCUCACCCUUCUCCUCCUCUCGAGGGGCUGCCAGAGCCCAGAGCGAGCCCCGAGGGCUAGUGGUUGCCCAGGUGGAUUUCUAG